AUUUUAUCCUUUUCACAUCAUCCCAAUUUUUCUUCAGAAAUAACAAUAAAUAACAUGUGCAUGAUCUCUUGGAAUACACAAAACUAAGCGUUCUUGAAGAUGGGUGUAUCAUUUCUUGUUUCUUCACUAUCCCAGGUCGAUCAACCCAUGAUCAUAAUCAUAAUCCCAUUUGUUUUUCUUACAAGUUGGUUGUUUUUCUACUUCAUCAGCGACCCCUUGGUACGAGCAAAGAAGCUCCCACCAGGUCCUAAAAGGCUUCCAAUCAUAGGGAACUUGCACCAGCUACCGAACCCUAUCCAUAAAUCACUUCACCACUUAGCAGAAAAAUAUGGCCCUCUUAUGUACUUGCAGCUUGGUUCAAUACCUACUGUGAUAAUUUCCUCUGCUGACAUGGUAAGAGAUAUCUUUAGAACCCAUGACACUGUCUUUUCCGGCAGACCCGCUUUAUACGCCGGGAAGAAACUGAGUUACAAUUGCUCCGACAUUGCUUUUGCUCCAUACAAUCAACAGUGGAAGGAGAUGAAGAAAAUUGCAAGUUUGGAAAUGCUAAGUACAAACAGAGUGCAAUCUUUUAAGACAGUACGAGAAGAAGAAGUGAGUCGUAUGAUUGAGUCUAUAGCUAAUGUGUCCGGUCCGAUUAACCUAAGCGAAUUAAUUCUAUUGGUAUCGAAUAGAGUGGUGUGUCGAGCCGCUUUUGGAAGAAAUUAUGAAGCUGAAAUUAAUGGAGGACGAGGACUGGAUUAUCUGCUUAGUGAAGCGCAGGAAUUGCUCGGAGGAUUUUGCAUAGCGGACUUUUUUCCAUGGAUGGAAUGGUUUUGUAAGUUCAAUGGCUUAGAAGCUCGAGUUGAGAAGACUUUCCGACAACUUGACGAGCUUUAUGAUAAAAUAAUAGAGGAACAUCUUGAUCCAGACAGACCUAAAUCUGAGCAUGAAGACCUUGUCGAUGUACUGCUACGACUGCAAAGAGAUGAUAGUCGAAAGGUUCCUCUCUCCAACAAUUCCGUCAAGGGCGCUCUCACGGACAUGUUCAUUGCCGGAACUGAUACGUCUGCGGCGACAAUAGUUUGGACAAUGACAGAGCUGAUCAGAAAUCAUCAGGUAAUGAAAAGAGCCCAAGAAGAAGUGAGAGGACUAGUUAAAGGCAAAACCAAAGUUGAAGAAAGUGAUAUUCCAGGUCUAGGUUACCUAAAAGCAGUACUAAAAGAAUCACUUAGAGUCCAUCCACCAACACCAUUGAUGGUUCCACGAGAAACUACCCAAGAUUGCAGAGUCGGAGGUUAUGACAUCUCAGCUAAAACAAGGGUAUUUAUAAAUGGAUCAUCCAUAUUCAUGGACCCUAAAAACUGGGAAAAUCCAACUGAAUUUCGACGGGAGAGAUUUCUGAAUAGUUCAGUUGAUUUUAUCGGACCGCAUUUCGAGUUAACAGCGUUUGGUGUCGGACGACGACGAUGUCCUGGCAUGAAUUUUGCUGUAAUGGUGGUGGAGCUAGCAUUGGCUAAUCUGUUGUAUCAUUUCGACUGGGGAUUGCCCGAUGGAGUUGGAAUCGAUGAUAUGGACAUGGAGGAAGCAUUUGGCAUUACUAUGCAUAAGAAAUCUCAUCUAUAUCUAGUGGCUACUCCUGUAGAUAAUAGCAAUAUCUAGUCUGUCUUUAAUGCGAUCUUUAUUAAUGGGUGAUUUUAAGUCAA